AUGAGCAAAGGCCGUCCAGAUUUGAGGAUGGAGAUGCCAGAUGAAUUCUUCAUCCCCAUUCCUCUGGAAACUACUAAUGUUACAGCUUUAAGCCCAUUUCUGGUACCCCAAACGCAUCUGGGGACCCCGGGCAUCUUCAUGAGCAUGUCGGCCUUCAUGUUAUUCACCAUCAUUUUUGGCUUUCCCCUCAACAUCCUGACCGUCAUCUGCACUGUCAAGUACAAGAAGCUACGAUCCCACCUUAACUAUAUCUUGGUAAAUCUGGCUGUUUCCAACCUCUUAGUCAUCUGUAUUGGCUCCACCACUGCCUUUUACAGCUUCUCUCAAAUGUACUUCGCCAUGGGACCAUUGGCGUGCAAAAUAGAAGGUUUCACAGCCACACUGGGAGGAAUGGUCAGCCUGUGGUCUCUGGCUGUUGUGGCCUUUGAAAGGUUCAUAGUGAUCUGUAAGCCUAUGGGGAGCUUCACAUUCAGAGAGAGCCAUGCAGUACUGGGCUGCAUCUUCACCUGGGUCAUUUCCUUAGUGGCAGCUGUCCCCCCAUUGCUGGGAUGGAGCAGAUACAUCCCAGAAGGCCUGCAGUGUUCCUGUGGACCAGACUGGUAUACUGUCAACAACAAAUGGAACAAUGAGUCUUAUGUACUUUUCAUGUUCUGCUUCUGCUUUGGAUUUCCUCUGGCAGUCAUUGUGUUUUCCUAUGGGCGGCUGCUUCUCACCCUUCAUGCUGUUGCCAAGCAACAGGAACAAUCGGCCUCCACACAGAAAGCUGAGCGAGAAGUGACCAGAAUGGUGAUUGUCAUGGUUGCUGGGUUCCUAGUAUGCUGGCUCCCUUAUGCUUCCUUCGCUCUUUGGGCUGUAACACAUCGUGGAGAAGUAUUUGACUUGCGUAUGGCCUCCAUCCCCUCAGUAUUUUCAAAGGCCUCCACAGUUUACAACCCAUUUAUUUACAUUUUCAUGAAUAGACAGUUCCGAUCCUGCAUGAUGAAGCUGAUCUUCUGUGGAAAGAAUCCAUUGGGUGAUGAUGAGGAUACAUCUGCCUCUGGGUCUACCCAGGUGUCUUCAGUAUCCAGCAGUCAGGUGGCUCCGGCAUAACGCCAACCUCAUCCGGCCCCUGUUUUGCCACGUCUGCUGCCACGGCUGUGUGCCCUCAAAAGCUUCCAGGUGACACCACUACCUUCCAAAAAUCCUCACCCAGUUAUCCCACAGCCUCUAUGAAAAUACGUUUUUCAACUUGGCUAAGUAGAUGCUACAUCUUCAUGAGUCAUCUCAACUUUUCCUCGACCGAUAGCAAACUUGGAACUCUCCAUUUAACAAACAGUAUCUAUAUAUGGUUACAGGCCAUCAGAAGGUAUAAUAGCUACACCAAUGGCACUGAAUAUGGUUUAGAUGCUAGAUUCAAGGUUUUUAUGUUGAGGGCCCCAAAAGUUUACCCCCCCCCCCCCCCAAGUGAGAAGAGGAAGUGGUUCCACAUUUACAGAUCAUAUACCCACAGCCCACAUAGCAAUUUUUAAACCACAUCCAAAGUCUUUGACCAAGCUAUAUACUGGUUUAGUUCCCUCAUGUUCCUAUGAAUAGUAAGGGAUGAUAUUUUAGGAGACUGAGAACUAUUGAGAUCUAUGUUUGAUAACAUGCUCCUGCUAUAUACACAGAUAAACUUUUCUUCAAUAGUUUAUUUUUUGGGAAAAGUAUUUUAUAUGUAGGCUUUUCUUUAUACCAGAACCUCUCCAGAUGAAGAUGGUUACACCUAGAUGGAAAAAAUUAAAAAUUUGGUAAAAAUAAUGUAGCUGAAAACUCUUUUGAAUGGUUGAGAUAUGUAAGUUCUUUCUAAUACAUGAGUUCUGAAUGGUCCCGCUUUAGAUUGCAAUGACUGACGUCAUAUAUACAAUGUGCCCCUUAUUAUGACUAAUAUUACACUUUAACUAUAUAGAUAUCUCUCCUUGUCAACCAAGUAGAAAUAAAAAUGUUUUGUAAAAAUGAACAGAAGGGUCUUACCAGGGCCUUCUGAAUGUUUUGUUCUUCCCAAACAUGGUACCAUUAUAUGACCUGUAUUGAUAUGGUAAAGUCAAAAUUCAAUGAGGUUAAAUAUGGAAACACCUUUGUGCAACAUGUUGUCCAAAAAAUAUGUGAUCUUUGCUAUGACCCCUAUUAAAAAUGUGAAGGAAGCCUAAUAUAAAGGAGAAUUCUCUGAUGGACUGUGAAAAUUGUGCACAUUUUUGGAAUUAUUAGAAGUCUUAGCUCCUUCUGCAUUUCAUAAAGAUCUAAGUCUUUCUUUUUUAUAAUAUGGAGCAAAACAUGACUGAGAUAUGUGGACUUUCGUCUUCACAACUUACAAGAGUCAAGAUGGCUGAAAUGAUAAAGAAGACAGAUGUGUUAAUGUCCAAAUCAUUCAUGGAGACAAAGGCGGGAAAUGUUUCCUAUAGAAAGCAAUGUUCGGAAGAUGUAUUCUUGACUGUCCCAUGACCAUCCACCCUUCUCAUACUCUAGCACUAUCAUCAUUCUGCAUAUUUUUGUGAUGGGAAUACCUGUUCCAUAUUGUAAAUAAUGUUCCUUGGGGUUUCCGGACUUAUAUCUGUCUCUCUGUAGGGAGUAGUUUAGCUUUGGGCACCUGUCAUUUCAUUAAAUAAACAUAUCAGCUGCA